CCUAGCGGAUCCCUCCUCCGGGGCUCUCCCACCCCCGCCUAGCGCGGAGUCCGGAGGCACCUGGGGGAGGGGAGUCCUGGGCUGGGCCGUGCUGGAGAGACGCCUGGGGCACUGCCCGGCGCUAACAAAGGGAGUAGGCUGCGAGCCGGUGUCGACGCGGAGCAAGCGGAGCAGGCAGAGCAGCCGCAGCCUUCCCGGCUGGAAGCGCAGCGAAUCGGGAAACUGAGGCCCGCGGCGGGAAAGGAGCACAGACACCACAACAAACGCACGUGCGCCCUGCCGUGGGAUCUGGGCGCACCGCGAGCCCUGGCAGGGGUAGCGUCAAUCCUGCUGAGCUCUGCAGUGAGCAGCCCAGAGAGAAGCGGAGGGUGUCAUGGAGCCCAGCUAAAAUGCACUUGCCUCCCUGAGCCUGUCUUGAGCCCAGGUGCCUGGCUCCAUCUUGACGCUGAGAUGUUUUUUGAUCAUCCUGGGAAAAAUGAGCCUUGGCCUCCAGAUCUAAUAAAGCAAACCUCCUUUCCAUGGAGAACAGUGCCAGUUCCUGAGGACCUGGAGGGCCUGCAGCCCCAGAGGGAUUAGCCAGAAACAGGCUCCUACUCUGAUCAGUGGUUUCCCUGAACACAUCUUUCAUUAUGAUUCACAUCAACUUGAAGAAAAAGUUCAGUUGCUGUGUCCUGGCCUUUCUCCUGUUUGCAGUCAUCUGUGUGUGGAAGGAAAGGAAGAAAGGACGUUACUAUGAUUCCCUUAAAUUGCAAUCCAAGGAAUACCAGGUGCUGGGGAGACUCGAGAAACUGACCAUGGGGUCUGGUCCCCAAUCUGUGUCCUCAAGUGGCACCCAGGACCCUCACAGGGGCAGCCAGACUCUUAGUAGUCCCAGGGUCCCAGCCAUGGCCAAACUACCACCCUCUUUCCAGGUGUGGAACAAGGACAGCUCAUCCAAAAACCUUAUCCCCAGGCUGCAAAAGAUCUGGAAGAAUUAUGUGAACAUGAACAAGUACAAAGUGUCCUACAAGGGGCCAGAGCCAGGAGUCAAGUUCAGUGCAGAGGCCCUGCGCUGCCAUCUCCGGGACCAUGUAAAUGUAUCCAUGGUAGAGGCCACAGAUUUUCCCUUCAACACCUCUGAAUGGGAGGGUUACCUGCCCAAGGAGAACAUUAGGACCAAGGCUGGGCCAUGGCACAAGUGUGCUGUUGUCUCAUCAGCAGGAUCUCUGAAGUCCUCCCAACUGGGCCGAGAGAUAGAUGAUCAUGAUGCAGUCCUGAGGUUUAAUGGGGCACCCACAGCCAACUUCCAACAAGAUGUGGGCACGAAAACUACCAUUCGCCUAAUGAACUCUCAGUUGGUCACCACAGAAGAGCGCUUCCUUAAAGACAGUUUGUAUAACGAAGGAAUCCUAAUUGUGUGGGACCCAUCUGUGUACCAUUCAGAUAUCCCAAAGUGGUACCAGAAUCCCGACUACAAUUUCUUUAAGAACUAUAAAAGCUAUCGCAAGCUGCAUCCCAACCAGCCUUUUUACAUCCUCAAGCCCCAGAUGCCUUGGGAGCUAUGGGACAUUCUUCAGGAAAUCUCCCCAGAGAAGAUUCAGCCAAACCCCCCUUCCUCUGGGAUGCUGGGUGUCAUCAUCAUGUUGACGCUGUGUGACCAGGUGGAUAUUUAUGAGUUCCUCCCAUCCAAGCGCAAGACCGAUGUGUGCUACUACUACCAAAAGUACUUUGACAGCGCUUGCACGAUGGGUGCCUACCACCCACUCCUCUUUGAGAAGAAUAUGGUGAAGCACCUCAAUGAAGGCACAGAUGAGGACAUUUACCACCUUGGAAAAGCCACACUGUCCGGCUUUAGGACCAUUCACUGCUGAAUGUAGGCCCUUAUUCUCUAUCAGGCAUUUUAUGGCUGGCCUCCCUGGGAAGACCAUUUUCCUGAAAAAUCUCAGGCUGCUCCUUGCACUCUACGGGCUUUUGUCAGCAAGAGCUCUGGGACUUCUGGAGCCUGAAGGCAAGAAACCAAGCCCCAGCCUUCCCUAUAGCCACAAAGAAUGUGUGAGCCCAGAUCUUUCCCACACAUGAAUAUAUACACCUAACAUUCUCUCUAGACCGCAUCUUUCCCUUUUUUCCACAUAGGUAGAUGCAAGAUCUAUCUUUCCCACAGGGCUGCCAAAGCUGGGCUUUAUUUUUUUUCCAACUGAAUGAUAUCAUUCUCACAAACCAACGCUCUAUAUGUUGCUUAAAAUCUUGACCUAAGUAUUGAUUUCAUGUUUUAAAGAAAUUUUUCCAAAUCAUGAUUGUGCCAGGUGUAGGGUGGCUGGGGGUAAGAGUCAGGGGGGAAAUAAUUAGUAUGAGGCAUUAGAAUUAUGGUUAAUCCCUCCAGAGCAAAGUUGCUCUGUUCUAAGGAUAUGGUUGCCAUUACUCAGGCUAGUUGGGUAGUCCUUAGCCUGGGUGCUUAGGAGCAAAGGGUCUUGAUUAGCCCACUUGUAUCUCCAGGUGAAGAAAGGCACAGUCCCUGUCCUCAAGUUGCUCACAGUUUAGUGGAAGAGAGAGACAUCCAGCAUGAGCUAACAUUCAACGUGCUUCAUGCACAGAGCUACAGAGAGAGGGGCCUGCUGUCUGUGUACCCAGAAGGGGCCAACUCUACUGUGUGGAUCAUAGAGUUGAGGCAUUGGGGUAGAACAAUGAGAAGCAUGUCAAGUAGAUUUUAUCUGAGUCAUUUGAGUUGUGUUUUCCUUUAUCACCAAUAUUUUAUUUCCUAAAACCUGUCUGAACAUAGAGACUCAAGAUAUUUUUUGAGGAAGCUCCCUACCCAUGUUGGCACCAAAUACAGUCCUACAGCAGAUAUCAUGCAAGCUAUAUCCCCCAGACCUUGAUUUCUGCAGGUUCAGCUUGGCCUGCCCUCUCCUGCCAGCUGGGUUUGCAAACUGUCCUCCAUCUCUUCAUUUUUAAUGCCCACCCCCCACACUUACUUCUAUUGCUACCUUUUUUUUCUUCCUUUAGAGUGCUCCUUCCCCUUUCUAAUUACUUUUCAUCAUUUUCUGCUUUAAAAGUACCCUUACCACAAUUUCUUUGACCUCAUGAGCCUUUCCUGAAAGGUCUCUCAGGAAGUAAUGGUCUGGUUUUCUAGGACUUAGGUUAGAUACUCUUAGAAGUUAAAACCCUAAUCAUAAUUGAUCCUUACAAGGGUUGAGGUAUGUGACAUGACAUCAGAUUGUCAUGCCCUUCACCCACUCCCUGCAAGGGAGCAACAACAAAGUCUCUGGGUGGAGGCUGCCCAUUGUGAUUUGCAAACAAGUUCCCCAGAUGUUUUGGCUAAGCCCCCUCCUCCUUGUGUGGAACCACAUGGGCCCAUCCAGUCCCUGGUGUGGAAUAGUUAAGUCACUUCUUUAAGCACAAAAUAAUGCUGUAGAAUCAGAUCUUCUAGACCCAGGCAUCUGGGCUCCCAGGGCUGACCCCACAUGCUCAAAAGGCUCCAAUGUUUGAGUUCCAGGCCAACCAUCUUGAGCUAGUCUGUCCACUUACUGCCAACCCCUUGGCUUAUGGAGGCAGUAGAAAGAGCCCUGGAGUGAGAAGCCCUGGGUUUUCUGUUUGAUGCUCCCUGCUUACUUGCUGUGCCACUUUGGGCAAAUUCUCUUCCCUGAGCCUCUGUUGUUUCUACAUCUGCAAAAUGGGGGUGAUAAUCCUACCUCACAGGGCUGUUGUGAGAAUUACAGGAAAACACCUGUCCUGGCUGUAUACCUGACCCAUAGGAGCCCAGUACAUGCUGAUUUCCUUCCUCCCUUUUAUGAAGGGCCUUCUUUGUGAUCACACUGGGACUGAACCUUGCUGUGAGGAGGGACGGUUAGGAGGGGAUCAGGGGCUUCUCUCCUCAGGGAAUUAACUAUUCUAUUGGGAGACAACUACUCAACUUGAAACACCCAGGAAACUAUUGAGUCAGUGAUGUAGAACAUGUGUAUCUUUCUCCUUGCCUGUAGCUCAGGUCUGAUUCUUCUUGGGAUGGGUAGAACACUUGGGCUGCUAACUACUGUAUAGGCUGAGUCUUUACUCUCUCUGGGCCGGUGAAUUUUUUGCCAUGCUCUAUGUUCUGAUUUGACAUGCUCAUGGAAUGUCUGGAAGGUGACAUUCUGUCAGCAGGAGGUAACAUGUUGUGUGGAGACUGAGAUUACACUGGAUAGAAUCUAGUUUUUAAUUAUUAGUAAUUUAAUAGAUUAAGUUAAGUAUGAUUCUGAAGUCUGCAGGACUUUGAAUUCUGUGUUCUGUAAAUGUGCAAAUUUUGGUAAAAAUCCAAGAAAGAUGGGGUGUUGUUGGUCUGGUGACAUAUUUAAUAUUUGUGACAGAUAAUUUAAAACUUGUCAGAAUGCUGCAAGAAAGCCUCUGUCUACAUGGUGUUCUGUCUUCAGCCAUCUAUUCUUUCUAUAUCAUGAGAUCCUUCUGAAUCCUUUUACCAAUUAAAUAAGCUAAUGCUCUUGGUUUGGAGCUGAGACAUUAGUCUCAGAAACUUGUGAAACAUGCCUAAGCUAAUUCUGAAUUACCCAAAGAUUAUGUAAAAUUUUAAAAUAA